AUGUCGGCCGAAGCAGAUGUCAAGCUCGAGGACUUCUCGUCCAUCUUCUCCCUGAACCAAAAGGUGGCUGUCGUGACUGGCGGAUCUCGAGGUCUUGGUCUCCACGCUGCAUCGGGUCUCCUCCAAGCCGGAUGCUCCAAGGUCUUCAUCUCAUCCCGCAAGGCCAAGGCUUGUGAGGAAGCAUGCGAUGCCCUCAACAAGCUGCCUGGCAUCAAGGGCAAGGCCAUCUCCGUUCCCGCCGACAUCUCAAAGGUCUCCGAGGUUGAGCGUCUAGCAGCAGAAGUUGGAAAGCACACGGAUCAUGUGGAUAUCUUGUUUGCCAAUGCAGGCGCAACCUGGGGUGCUCCGUUCGACAAGCAUCCGGCCGAGGCCUUUGCCAAGGUCAUGGACCUCAACGUCAACAGUGUCUUCUACUGCAUUCAGAAGUUCGCCCCGCUGCUCGAGAAGAAUGCUUCAUUGAAAGACCCCUCUCGUGUGCUCGUCACAGCGUCUGUUGCCGGCAUAGGGAUUGGUUCGUUGGGGGACAAUGCAACCCCAGGAUACAGUGCCUCCAAGGCCGCAGCUCUUCAUCUUACUCGCAACCUGGCUGUCGAGCUAGGUCCCCGAGGCAUCCUCUGCAACAGCAUUGCGCCUGGCUUCUUCCCAACAAAAAUGGCCAAUGGCUUGAUGGCUCUGACUGGUGGUACACAGGCUCUGGCCGAUGCGAACCCCAACAAGAGAUUAGGUAAACCUGAAGACAUUGCUGGUACCGUUGUAUAUCUCUGUUCAAGGGCAGCCAGUCAUCUGAAUGGCGCCCACAUCGUCAUUGACGGUGGUAGUAUACUCGGCCGCUCCAAGCUGUGA